AGUUUUUGAAAACUAUUUUAGUGUACGAAACUCUGCUUUUUCAUCUCUGCUAUAUUGAAAACCUUAUCUUUUUGCUUUUGCAGUUUUUGUAUAGUAAAGUACAAAAUGGAAACUCAAAAGGUUCCAAUAGAUGAUGAGAGUUUAUUACUAUCUGAUAUUUUCAGUAAUGCAGAGUUUGGUGGUGGAGAAGAUCUUUUUUCCAUUUUGGAAAAUGUUGUUCCUCCCAACUCAACAACGUCUUCAUUAAGUGAUCCUCCACAAGAUUAUGAAACUGAAACAUCAUUCAAAUGCAAGAGACAAAAAAUUGCAUUAACUUCAAUUGAGGAACAAAACAACGAUGGACAACAUAGAUCCAUGUCGCAUAUUGCGGUCGAGCGCAAUCGAAGGAAGCAAAUGAAUGAACAAUUGUCGAUUUUGAGGUCACUUAUGCCUUGCUUUUAUGUCAAACGAGGAGACCAAGCAUCAAUAAUUGAAGGAGUAGUUGAUUACAUAAACGAGUUACAUCAACUACUACAAUGCCUAGAAACCAAGAAACAAAGAAAAGUUUACAAUGAAGUUCUAAGUCCAAGGCUAUUAAUUCAAAGUCCAAGAAUUUCACCACUAAGUCCUAGAAAAAUAAUACCUAUUAGUAGUCCAAAAACUCCACAACCAUGGUUGCAACCAUGUGGUGGUGGUGGUGGUUAUCUUUCAUCUCCUACUUCUUCAGCUAAUUCUUCCAUCAAUGACAACAUAAAUGAACUUGUUGCAAAUUCCAAGUCUUCAAUUGCUGAUGUUGAGGUUAAGUUUUCUGGUCCACAUGUGCUUUUGAAAACUAUUUCGUCACGAAUUCCAGGACAAGCUAUGAGAAUAAUAUCCGCUCUUGAAGAUCUAGCACUUGAAAUCGUUCAUCUUAGUGUUAGUACUGCUGAUGAAACCAUGCUAAACUCGUUCACUAUUAAGAUUGGAAUUGAAUGCCAACUAAGUGCCGAGGAACUCGCUCAACAAAUCCAGCAAACAUUCUGUUAGAGAAGUUGUUAACUUACAACCGGAAUCACUUUUUUGUACCUUAAAUCCUUAACUGCAACAAUAGCAAUUCAAAUUCAAUUUGUUUCUUCUAUUAAUUAAUUAAUUAAUUAAUGUAAGGACUACUAGUGUAUGUAAUUGAUCCCAGUACAUGCAAUCAUUUAGUCAAUACAUUUGCAGUCAU